GUGGCCGCGGGCGCUCGGGAGCGAGGUGCCGCGCCGAGCCCGGGAUGAGGGCGCCCGCGCUGCUGACCUGCUGCUGCUGGCUGCUGGUGCGGGUGAACAGCAUCCAUCCAGAAUGCCGAUUUCAUCUGGAAAUACAGGAGGAAGAAACAAAAUGUGCAGAGCUUCUAAGCACUCAAACAGAAAAGCAAAGAGCCUGCAGUGGUGUCUGGGACAACAUCACAUGCUGGCGCCCUGCUGACUUGGGGGAGACAGUCACCGUGCCCUGCCCAAAAGUGUUCAGCAACUUCUAUAGCAAACCAGGAAAUAUAAGCAAAAAUUGCACUAGUGACGGGUGGUCGGAGACAUUUCCAGAUUUCAUAGAUGCAUGUGGCUACAAUGACCUUGAGGAUGAGAGUAAGAUCACAUUUUAUAUUCUGGUGAAGGCCAUUUAUACCCUGGGCUAUAGCGUCUCUCUGAUGUCUCUUACCACCGGGAGCAUAAUUCUCUGCCUCUUCAGGAAGCUACACUGCACCAGGAACUACAUCCACCUCAACCUCUUCCUCUCCUUCAUGCUGAGAGCCAUCUCAGUGCUGGUGAAAGACAGCGUGCUGUAUUCCAGCUCGGGCACACUGCGCUGCCCUGACCAGGCAGCCUCCUGGGUUGGCUGCAAGCUCAGUCUGGUAUUUUUCCAGUACUGCAUCAUGGCGAACUUUUACUGGCUCUUGGUGGAGGGUAUCUACUUGCACACCCUCCUGGUGGCCAUCUUCCCCCCCAGCAGAUGCUUCCUGGCCUACCUUCUCAUCGGAUGGGGCAUCCCCAGCAUCUGCAUAGGUGCGUGGACAGCAGCCCGCCUCUCUUUAGAGGAUACGGGGUGCUGGGACACAAACGACCACAGCGUCCCCUGGUGGGUCAUUCGGAUGCCCAUCCUAGUUUCUAUUGUAAUCAACUUUGUCCUCUUCGUGAGCAUUAUCAGGAUAUUACUGCAGAAGCUCACAUCCCCAGAUGUCGGUGGCAAUGACCAGUCCCAGUACAAGAGGCUUGCCAAAUCCACGCUGCUGCUCAUCCCACUGUUUGGCGUGCACUACAUGGUGUUUGCUGCCUUCCCCAUCGGCAUCUCCUCCACGUACCAGAUCCUCUUUGAGCUGUGUGUCGGCUCCUUUCAGGGUCUGGUCGUGGCGGUGCUGUACUGCUUCCUGAACAGUGAGGUGCAGUGUGAGCUGAAAAGAAGGUGGCGAGGCCUGUGCUUGACCCAGCCUGGGAGCCGGGACUAUCGGCUGCAUAGCUGGUCCAUGUCGCGGAAUGGCUCAGAGAGCGCCCUGCAGAUACACCGCGGCUCCCGAGCCCAGUCCUUCUUGCAAACAGAGACUUCCGUCAUCUAGCUGUGUCCCUCAUACAGAACAGACUGUGCUGCGGGGUUGGGCACAUGGGUUUAGAUUUGCUGGCUUCCUAUUGCCCCAGUGUGGGGUUCCCUAUUGGGUUAGCAUUGGUCCUUACCCUGAUUUCACAGUAUGUAACUUGACUGAAAUAUUAUUAUCAUUAGAAUCCGGAUUUAAAGACCAUCUUCUGUAAAGUGUGAGUCAGCCAUGUAGGUGAGUCCACUUUCAAAGAAAUUAAGUCAGGAGGCCCCAAACAUCAAAACCUAGUACUGUGACAUAGCCUUCUCUGAAGAGUGGGACAUGGUUUCUCAUUUCCCUGUUGACCCUUCUUGAAGGGAACCAGGCCCCAAACUAGACUAGACAUAACCACCCCGUGGAGCCCGACCCAUGUCAGUAGCUCUGGCACAGCAUACAGACAGACGGAUCUAGGGUGUCGGAGAGACUAGAGCGUCUGUGACAGUCCUUCUUCAUCCGUGGCACACAGCCGAGAGCUGCUGCCCUCCCGGGGGCUUUCCUGCUCCCUGUGGCCUGCCCUAUGGCACUGUCUCCUUGAGCCUGGCCACUCCCUGGGCCAUGACCAGAAACAAUCCAGGGAUGGUGUUCAUAGUCCAGUGUCCCAGUAAAGAACUCAGUAACCUCUUGGGACAGUUGGGGACCAUAGGAGGAUACGCCCCGUGCUGACUUCCAUGCUACCAGCCCUGGUGAAUGGCCACAUGGCCCUGGGAUAUCUUCUGGGAAAUAGGAAGCCUGUUCUCUUUUUAUUGACAAUAAUAUCUUAAAGUUAAUUGUUUAAAUGAAAAAUUAUUUUGUCAAAAUAUAAAAUGACAUAUAAUUCUAUCUAACACUUGUCAAUAGCAUCCUCAUUUUUUAUACUUUAUAUGCAGACAUUGGCAGGCAGAUCUGGGGGGAGAAUCUCUGUCCAUGGCCGCAGAAGCAGCUGAGGGAGUGGGAGGUGGGCACGGUCCCUGCAGAACCCAGAGUCCCUGAAGGCUGCUGCCCAGCCCAGUACAGGUCUGAAGCUGUUGGACCUGAUAUUAGAAGCAUAUUUUAUAUCACUUGUCCCCCUGUCCCCGCCCCAGAGUAAGGCUUGCAAAGUACUUUUCCUAUGACUUGAGUGCUGUGUAGACCCUGGCCAGCAUGAAUGCCAAUGAUAUUGACAUCUGUGUUAGAUCCAGAGGUUUCAGGACCAAGAGACAGCAAAGGUGAAGACUCUGUACCCAGGUCCCUGGAAAUAAAAGCAGUGAAUGUCUAGGGACAAGCUCAGACCUGCUGGCCAAACUUCCUUUUUGCAAUCUCUGGCCAUCUGAAUUGCCUUGUAGGGAAGAACUACCUCUGUCCUUCUGUCCCUGCCAUCUCUGGAGAAGCCCCCAUUUGUCUGGAGUGGCAGUGGGUGGACUUCUCAGAGGACCAAGAAAACAUCUAACCUGAGGUGACAAGGCCCAAGGGCAAGAUAGUGGGUAAUACAGUCAAAGCCAGACACGGCAGGCCUGUCCACAGUGACAGUGGGUCACAGCAAAAGAAAGGUGGGUACUGGAAUCCUGAUUCACCACUCUGUCAAGCGGUUUUGAGGAAACAAAGAUUUUUUUUGUAUCUGAAAUUGUCUGUCAGUGAUCAUGUGUGAGCAGCAUGAAAUAGCCCUGCUUGGGUGUGGAGGACC